AUGACACUCGGGGCUAGUGACCCCAGAGCUCCGGGUGGGAAAAGAGAAAGCCGGCGCAGCUGGACCCGGCGGCGGAACGAACCAAGACUGGGAGGCGGGGGGGAGAGCGUGCGGAAGGGCGGAGCCACGUUGCGGGGGCCGCCCAGCCUCGCACUUUCCCCCCUCGCCCGGCUUCUGCGGGUGGUUUCUCCCAUGCGCCGCAUUCGCUCAGCGUCUCUCUCUCCUGGUCUCUCUCCCCGUCCCCAGGCCGCGGGGGGGCCCUCGCAUCCGGCGUGCGCUCGCUCCCUCGCUGCCCGCCAGCCUUCCGAUCCGUCCCCGCCUGCUGCCGCCGCCGGGAUGCUGUGGCUGCUGGUGGCGCUGGGGCUGGCGGCCGCCUACUUCUCCCUGCUGGACGGUUGGUACCUGGUGCGCGUACCGCUGGCUGUGCUACGCGCCCGCCUGCUGCAGCCGCCCGUGCGCGACCUGCUGGCUGAGCAGACCUACGCGGGCCGCGUGCUGCCCUCUGACCUGGACCUGCUGCGGCACAUGAAUAACGCGCGCUACCUGCGCGAGGCGGACGUGGCGCGCGCCGCGCACCUGGCGCGCUGCGGGGUGCUCGGGGCCCUGCGCGCGCUCGGGGCGCACGCGGUGCUGGCCGCUUCCUGCGCGCGCUACCGCCGCUCGCUGCGCCUGCUGGAGCCCUUCGAGGUGCGCACCCGCCUGCUCGGCUGGGACGGCCGCGCCUUCUACCUGGAGUCCCGCUUCAUCAGUGGCCGCGACGGCUUCGUGUGCGCGCUGCUUCUCUUCCGCCAGCACGUGCUGGGCACCACGCCCGACCAGGUGGUGCAGUACCUGUGCAAGAGGCGGGUGGAGUCCCCUGAGCUCCCUGAGGAUCUGCAGCACUGGAUUAGCUACAACGAAGCCAGCAGCCAGAAACUCCGGGCGGAAUCUGGGCUCAGCAGCACCAAGGAUCAGUAACAGGCUGGCCCCUGCCCUUCCCCCGUCCCUCUUCCUGAGGAAGGAACGCCAGGGUCCCUGUCACUUAUUAAUUUAUUUUCUACACGUUUGCACUUGUCCACUGGGGCUGGGGAUUCUCAGGGAAGGGGUGGGGGGAGGGCAGGGAGGCUUCUGUCUGACCCCCUACCUGGGCAGGGCCGGAUUGGGUGAACUAAGGGGAAAGGAAAGGUCAGGCUGGGGCCAUCACUUCUAUUUUACAGAAAUGGAAACUGAGGCCACCUUGGCCAGUUUGACAGCAAGUUGCUAGCAGAGCCUGUGGUCCCUGUACCUCACAAUUCCCAGUCCUGGGCUCUUUCUGUUACUCUACCUAUGCCUUCUUUCCUUGAUUUUACUAUUUAUGCCUCCCGUGGGGCUUUAUUCUUGAAGUGAAUAACCUGCCUGGAAAGCCCACUUACUGACCAACUUGGGGUGGUGGAAAGAGCCUUGGAUUCGAAUCUCAGCUCUUUCAUGAUCUCGCUAUAUGACCUAGGAAAGUCCUUUCCUCUCUCUGGGCUUCUGUCUCCUUCUUUUUCAUAGGAUUUAGAGGAUUUGGGGCUGGAACAGACCUUAGAGGUAGUCUGAUCCAACCAGCCUUACAGAGGGGGAAACUGAAGCCCAGAGAAGGGAAAUGACUCCUAUAAAGGUUAUGCAGGGAGUGAGUAGUAGAGCGAGCAGUUAGUGCCCCUUUGUCCUACACUGUGCUGAGAGGGGCAAGCUAGAAUGCCCCUAAGGCCCGUUCCCACCCCAGACCCCACCAAGUUGACUUUUCCAACAAGUCAAGAGUCUUUUUGCUCUCUCUACCCUGAGUGGGGGUCCAGAACUGCUGUGUGGGCCUCUUUGCAAGGAGCAGGGGAAGAAGAGAGAUUGGUGGCCAGCCAUAUCACCCUGUCCGUCCCUCAGACACCUGAAUGUAGUGACCAGGUCUCUCUCCUACACCAGUUCCCCUCCAAUAAGCACUUUAUGGAUGAGACUGUAUUUAAUCCACCAUACUAGAUCUGUGUCAAGGCCUGUACAUUUCUGUCCAUGUAUAUCCCCUCUUCCUCCCAAGGAGCUGAUGCUGGCAUGUGGUCAGCCAAAACUGGGAGAGGGCAGGCCCAGCCACGCAGGGGACGCCCCGUCUCUUGCUUUUCUAACAAGAAGUGGGGACUUGAGGGCCCAAGCAGAGCUAUCCUGUCCUCUGUUGUCCAGGCCUACCCUCCACCACUGCAACCUCUGCUUGCCUUGUGGCUACCCCGACAGGUUCCCCGGGGACCACAGGUGCCAAGGUCUCUCCUGUGGCUGCCCGGACAGGUGCCCCAGAGACUAUAAGUCCCAAACUCUUUUUCCUGUGGCUGCCCCCACAGAUGCCCCAGGGACCACGCAUCCCAAGCUCUCUUUCUCCUCGGUUACCCCAGCCAUUCUCAUCCCCUAUCUCAGAAAAACUGCAAUCUUUUUGUUUUACUUAAGA